CCAAUUCAAUUGGGUUACAUAUUUCGUAUUUUAAGAUUAAGGAUGGGUGUUCGUGAAAAUUUGAUCCUUUUUACAUCUAUUCUUCGGUGGGCCGCCCUAGGGUUCGACGUUUCGCCGCGAGAAGGGAAUUAGGGUCUUGGGGGGAGAGGGAGAGAGAGGGCGGCGACGAUGGUGGAGAAGGCAAGCAAAGGGCGGAAGGAGGAGGUGGUGACGAGGGAGUACACCAUCAAUCUCCACAGACGCCUCCAUGGAUGCACUUUCAAGAAGAUGGCCCCUAAAGCUAUCAAGGAGAUUAGGAAGUUUGCACACAAGGCAAUGGGUACAACAGAUGUGAGGGUGGAUGUGAAGCUUAACAAGCACAUCUGGAGCAGGGGGAUUCGAAGCGUGCCGAGACGUGUGCGUGUGAGAAUUGCUCGCAAAAGGAAUGAAGAGGAGGAUGCUAAAGAAGAGCUCUACUCACUGGUAACUGUUGCAGAGGUUCCUGCAGAGGGGAUCAAGGGAGUGGGAACCAAGGUCAUAGAGGAAGCAGACUAGACUGUUUUCUUUUGUUACUUUGAGGCCAUGGUGGUGAGGAGACAUUAGUUUAAGGUUUUGUGGGGAACUUUGCUUGCAGUUCAGAUAUUUUGAAUCUUCUAACCCUUUUUUGUCAUAUGUGCUCAGUAUUAUGUCUUGUUAUGCUAUAUUUUGAAGUUUAGAACCAUGAUAUGUUCUUAAUAUUUUCUUGUAUCUGUCAAUGAUUCAGUAGAACUUGAACAUCGACUUGUGGAGUCUA